UCGCGCGACAUUGCGCGAUAUCGCGAGUACAGCCCGAAAGCGGGCGAAAGUUUUAAGUAAGUGAGAGGAAAAAGGUGAUUGCACUGCUUAGCCGAACCUAGUCUCCCCUUGCUCUUCCUUUUAAUAAACCCCAUUCUCCCAUUACCCUCAAAAACCAUCACCAGGAUAUUGUUUGUUAAAUUUUGUUUAAUGUCAAAUGAGAACAAUGAAGGCAGAUGAAUAAUGGUGGAGGAACAGCCACGUCAGAAACAGCGAAGUUCAUUUGGGGGCUUUUCGGAAAGAGAUGAGAAAGCAGGCAUUAAGAAAUCUUCAUCUUUUGGGGCAAAAACUGAGAACCCAAGAGGAAAAACAAAGAUAAGGAAAAAGGUGGAAAGCAGCGGCAGAAUUUCAAAGAAAAAGCUAAACAACUUGAAAGUAUUCAAGAAAGCAAAGAAAAGAAUUAGGAAGGUAGAAGUUGAGAUUGCGGAAAUGAAAGGCUAUACAAAGUGCUUGAAACAGUGGAUAAUGGAGGAAACAACAAUCAUGGAAAGUGCGAUCCUAGAGAUGGAAAUAGAAGUUGGUCGGGUGAAGAGAAUGAAUGGGAUGCUCUCUUUAAACGACCAAAUUAUCAAUGAUUAUAUUAAGAGAAUGUUAGGUGUUUUUGAAGCUGAGGAUCACCUUGUUUCAUCACUAAAUUCCAAUCUCUGAAACCCUUAGCAUGAAUAAGAAAAGCUUUACGAAGCAAUGAUACCAUCAAGUUUAAUAACUUGUAGACAAGUGUUCUGAUUUAUGAAUCCAGGUUUUAUCAACUUUUGAUUUUUCUUUUUUAGUUA